UUUGCCAAGCGCAGUAAGGAACCGUCCACAUCUACACAUUAGCUAAAGAUAGGUAGGGCAAGAUAAAGAGAAACAGUUUUAGGAAGGUAAGGCGAGUCUUUUAAAACAAGGUUGAUGAUUUUAUCAAUCAUUGUUAUAGUCUAAUAAAGGGUAAAGUAUUAUCCUGUAGUUUAUGGACGACCAGCUGUUUUGAAGAAUAUUUGAACUGCCUCAGGUAAAGUUGAAUUCAAAAUGUCCCUGCACGGGAAAAUUGUUGUAAUCAAAAGGAGUGGCGGAGAUGGGACUGAGUUUCCUCUGACUGCAUCAUGCUUAUUUGGAAGGAAACCUGACUGCGACAUUCGCAUUCAACUUCCUCAUGUCUCCAAGGAGCAUUGCAGGAUUGAGUUGAAUGAAAAUAAAGAGGUUAUUUUAACUAAUUUGAGUUCAACGAACCCGACCCGUGUCAAUGGGGAGGUUUUUCAGCAGUCUGAACGAUUGAAACAUGGAGAUCUAAUCACAAUUAUUGACCGUUCUUUCAGGUUUGAAUACCCUCCAGCACCCACUCCAAAGAAAAAUCGAUAUUCUACUGCUAGCAAAAGUGAAACUCCUCAGGUUUUACAUGAAACCCAAGCAAGGGAUACCAGCGCUAAAGAUGGAACCAACACUUCUGAUGUCAAACCCAAGGAGGAUGGUCUUGGACAGAACAAGCCAAGCUCCCCUUUCUGUGAGCUGUACCAAAUGUUCAAACAAGAUCUGGAUUCCAAGACUCCAAAGAAAGCACUUGGAACACCUGCUUCGAGGCUUUGCCCACAGAACCCUAUCUCAACCAGGAAAGUGGAUGGGGCGUCUGUCAUUUCCACACCCAAGAAGGCGGAGACUGAAAAUGUGUCACCUGUCCCUGGGGUGACUCCAAAAUCAGCUCAGAAGAAGCGAAAGUCCCUCAAAGGUCGGGUUGUUGAGGGGAAUGUGCCAGUCGAAGAUUUCAUCCAACUGCCUCCCUCUAUUCUUGAAACUCCCAAAGGUAAAAGGCGUUCUUCAAAGUCCAUAACACCCACCACUGUUGAAGAAAAAUCCGCCCCUGUUUCUCAGAGGAAAAGUCACCUGGCAACCCCCGAGAAGUUCACUGCUAGUGAAGUGGCUGGGCAGAUUUCUGAGUGUCCGACUGCAGAAAUCCUUACGACCCCCACUCGGAGGAGGAGCAGGGAAGCCACUCCUAUCAAAUCUUUGAUAACUGGGGUAGAACCACCUGCUGAUGCUUUCAUCUCAAACCAAGAGCAGAUCGUACUAACUGAGAAUUCCACGCCAAGUACUCCUAAGACCGAGCAUUCCCGCUCUCCAAGGCCUGCUGGGGAAAAGCUUCAAGCCCAGGAUGUGCUUUGUGAGCUGGAGGUGACUACACCCAUCAAUGUUAAACAGUCGUCUGCUAAGAAACGGAAGAGUGGAGACCUUGAAACUGAAUUUCCAACACCUCUGUGCAAGAGGAAAAGGGUUUCAUUUGGAGGUCAUUUGGAGCCGGAACUGUUCGAUAAACGUCUUCCUCCUGACUCCCCACUAUGCAAAGGUGCCACUCCUGGACGGCGAAGCUUGUGUGCCCCCAAAAUGAAACAGUCACUGCUCAGGAGAGCAUCUGCAAUUGGUCUGAUAAAGGAGCAUGAACAAUCUGCCCCAGAGAGUCUUGGCGUGAAAGGAAGUCCAGGAAAGAAGGCGACUCCCUCGCCUGCCAAGAAGUCGCCGAAGGCAUCUCCCAAGACUCCCUCGCCUGCCAAGAAGUCGCCGAAGGCAUCUCCCAAGACUCCCUCGCCUGCCAAGAAGUCGCCGAAGGCAUCUCCCAAGACUCCCUCGCCCGCCAAGUCUCUGAAGGCAUCUGCCAAGACUCCCUCGCCCGCCAAGUCUCCGAAGGCAUCUGCCAAGACUCCCUCGCCCGCCAAGUCUCCGAAGGCAUCUGCCAAGACUCCCUCGCCCGCCAAGUCUCCGAAGGCAUCUGCCAAGACUCCCUUGCCCGCCAGGUCUCCGAAGGCAUCUGCCAAGACUCCCUCGCCCGCCAAGUCUCCCUCGCCCGCCAAGUCGCCGAAGGCAUCUGCCAAGACUCCCUCGCCCGCCAAGUCGCCGAAGGCAUCUGCCAAGACUCCCUCGUCUGCCAAGAAGUCACCAAAAGCUAAAACGCCAUCUCCAGGUAAAGAGAAGACCCCAAAAACCGCUGUCAAGACUCCAUCUCCUGCUCGAAGAAAGUCUGCAUUAAAAGAUGAAUCUCAAACACCCAAGGCUGGGAAAACUCCCAAGACCCCUGCAAGUUUGCCAUCGGCCAACACGACACCCACCAUGCAAGGCCGGUUCUCAGUGUCCCUCGUCAGCACCCCAUCACCCACCGCAGACCAGGACUCUGUCCUACAGCCGUCUGUCACUGUAACGCCUCGUGUUCCCUUGAGGCGAACGACAAUGUCGUCUACCUCGAAGACGACACAGAAAAGCACAUUGAAAAAUUCCCUUCAAGUCAUCCGUAGAAGAAGUGGUGUUUCUCGGGCAUCUAUGAAAGUUGUGAAUUCCUGGGCUGACAUUGUGAAGUUUGGCCAGACCAAGACCCAAGCUGUUAUCCCAACCAAGAAAACCACCCGAGUGACUAAGACGAAGACUGUUGUACCAAAACCGAAGACACCUGUGAGGAAACUCAUAGGACAUGUCAGCACUGGUCAUGCAGAUUCACCUGUGACCAUUGUUGUGGGCAAAGCUCACAGGCUGAAAGCCAUUCAGCCAAGUGGGGCCGCCCCAAAGCUUGUCCACAACAUGGCUGUGCUAAAAAAGAACAUGAGAAUGGAUGAGGAUUUGUCAGGCAUUGCAGACAUUUUCAAGACCCCUGCUAGGCAGAGGAAGUCUGUGGUCAAUGUGCAGAGUGCCCUCAAGACCCCCCUGAGAGCCCAGUCUACAUCUAUGAUUGAAUCAUCAGUGAUGAAUACCCCAGAGGAGACUGGUGAAAUGGUGGUGUCUCCACUUGUUGUUUCUACUGCUAAACGGGGCGCGUACAACAGCGAUGCAGUCACUAGACUCCUUCGGGAUGGUCAAGAAUCCAGUUUCAUCACGGAGGAAGCUGAUGACUCCCGUACCACACAAAAUGAGAUUCUUGCCUUAGAGAUGUCUUCAGAGGAAUCGAAGGAAGAACAGCGGCCAGAAUCAAAAAAAUCUAUUUCGACUCCCAAACAGAAGAAACCCGAACAACCCGAGUGUCUCACUGGAGUGAAGAGGAUCAUGAAGACCCCAAGACAGAAGGUGCAACCCAUUGAAGACCUCAGAGGAAAACUGAUGACAACUCCAAGAGGGCCUAAGGCUUCUCAGGAAGUAAGCUUAGUUGGUGUAAAGGAACUCCUGACCACCCCCAAACAAAUCGCUGAACCUGUUGAAGAGAUGUCUGGUAAAGUCCAAGAUGACAACGUCCACAGCGAGACAAAAGAGAUUCACGGCGACGCUAUUUCUCCUAAAUGCCUCUCAGGUAACGUUGAAUUCCAAAUGCCCCUGUACGGGACAAUAGUUGUAAUCAAAAGGAGUGGUGGAGAUGGGACUGCGUUUCCUCUGACUGCAUCAUGCUUAUUUGGAAGGAAACCUGACUGCGACAUUUGCGUUAAACUUCCCGAAGUAUCCAAGAAGCAUUGCAGGAUUGAGUUGAAUGAAAAUAACGAGGUUAUUUUAACUAAUUUGAGUUCAACGAACCCGACCCGUGUCAAUGGAGAGAUUUUGCAGCAGUCUGAACAUUUAAAACAUGGGGAUCUAAUCACAAUUAUUGACCGUUCUUUCAGGUUUGAAUACCCUCAAGCACCCACUCCAAAGAGAAAUAGAUCUUCUAAACAGAACACUCCAAGAGGGCCUAAGGCUCUUCAGAAAGUAAGCUUAGAUGUUGUGAAGACCCCCAAGCAUGUCGCUCAACCUGUUGAAGAAAUUUCUGGUGACGCCCAAGAGAUUCCUGAUGCCAUGACAACCGAGGCAGUGGAAGAGCUUGCUGCUGCUCUUGCUGAGGCAGUGGAGGAAGAACAACCUGCACCUCUUGCUGAGGCAGUGCAGGAGGUAGAAGAGCCAGUUUCUGCACCUGCUGAGGCAGUGGAGGAAGAACAACCUGCUCUUCUUGCUGAGGCAGUGCAGGAGGUAGAAGAGCCAGUUUCUGCACCUGCUGAGGCAGUGGAGGAAGAACAACCUGCUCUUCUUGCUGAGGCAGUGCAGGAGGUAGAGACCGUUUCUGCACCUGCUGAGGCAGUGCAGGAGGUAGAGACCGUUUCUGCACCUGCUGAGGCAGUGCAGGAGGUAGAGACCGUUUCUGCACCUGCUGAGGCAGUGCAGGAGGUAGAAGAGCCAGCUUUUGCACCUGCUGAGGCAGUGGAGGAAGAACAACCUGCUCCUCUUGCUGAGCCUGUUGCUGCACCUGCUGAGGCAGUGAGGAUGGCACAUCUUGACAGUGAAGAGCCUUCUGUUCCAGUAAAAGGUAGAGUAAAGAAAACUGAGGGGAUUGUGCCACCACCUGCUAGAGGGAGAUCGGCAAGGUGUAAUGAGACCAGUAGCGUUGAGGCACCAGCAGAAACUAUGGACUCUGUGGAUGUCCAGGAGAAAAUGGCAGUUGACCCAGUUCCUGCUGAAAAGCUCAAGAGAGGAAGAAAGGCCAAACAGGCUUCUGUAGAGAGAGUUGAAUCAGUGCAGGAGAACGCUGUUGAAAGUGAGAGUGCUGAAAUUCCUCCAAUUGAGGACCAGCAGCCAACUUCUGAUGUCCCUGUGGAGAAACCCAGAAGAGGAAGAAAGGCCAAACAGGCUUCUGUAGAACAAGUUGAAACCGUGUUGGAGAACACUGAAGCUAUGAGUGUUCCUGUCACUGAGACGUUUGAGGCCCAGACUCCAGUCGUUAGGUCUGAGAGAGGAAGAAAGCCUAAACAGGAUUCAGUAGAAGUUGAAGCGGGGGUUCUUGAAAUUCCUCCAAUUAAGAUUGUGGAAGCCAAGGAGAUGCCUGCUAGUGUUCCUGUUGAGAAACCACAGGCAAGAGGAAAACGGGGUAAACAGGAAUCUGAAGAAGCCAAAACAGAAGAAAAUGUUGUGGCGGUUGAUAUUCCUACAGAAGAGGUGGAGGCCUCAGUCCUGUUUGCAAAACCCAUAAGAGGAAGAAAGACUAAGCAGGAGCCUGUAGAUCAAGUGGAGUCUGUGAGUGUUGAAACUCCCAUUGAACAAGUUGAGGCCCAGGAGCAGGCCACUGUGGCUCCAGUUGAGAAACCCAAAAGAGGGGGAAGAAAGACUAAGCAGGCUUCUGUAGAGCAAGUUGAAGAUCACCCUGUUGAUUCUCUGACUGUUGAACUCCAGGAGCAGACUACUGUGGCCCCAGUUGAGAAACCCAAAAGAGGGGGAAGGAAGACUAAGCAGGCUUCUAUAGAGAAAGUUGAGCCUGUUGCGGAUCACCCUGUUGAGUGUCUGACUGUUGAACUCCAGGAGCAGACUACUGUGGCCCCAGUUGAGAAACCCAAAAGAGGGGGAAGGAAGACUAAGCAGGCUUCUGUAGAGCAAGUUGAAGAUCACCCCGUUGAGUCUCUGACUGUUGAACUCCAGGAGCAGACUACUGUGGCCCCAGUUGAGAAACCCAAAAGAGGGGGAAGGAAGACUAAGCAGGCUUCUGUAGAGAAAGUUGAGCCUGUUGAGGAUCACCCUAUUCAGUCUUUGACUGUUGAAGCCAAGGAGCAGACCACUGUGGCUCCAGUUGAGAAACCCAAAAGAGGGGGAAGGAAGACUAAGCAGGCUUCUGUAGAGCAAGUUGAGCCUGUUGAGGAUCACCCUGUUGAGUCUCUGACUGUUGAAGUUGAAGCCCAGGAGCAGACUACUGUUGCCCCAGUUGAGAAACCCAAAAGAGGGGGAAGAAAGACUAAGCAGGCUUCUGUAGAGCAAGUUGAAGAUCACCCCAUUGAGUCUCUGACUGUUGAAGCCAAGGAGCAGACCACUGUAGCUCCAGUUGAGAAACCCAAAAGAGGGGGAAGAAAGACUAAGCAGGCUUCUGUAGAGCAAGUUGAGCCUGUUGAGGAUCACACCGUUGAGACUCUGACUGUUGAGCUCCAGGAGCAGACUACCUUGGCUUCGGUUGAGAAACCUAAAAGAGUGGGAAGAAGGACUAAACAGGACCCUGGGUGUGUCGUCCCGCCAGUAUCCACAGAGACUCCGGAGGAAACAUCUGCUCCCCCUACAGAGAAACCUAAAAGAGGAGGAAGAAGAGCAAAGCAGCAGAAGGUUCCUGAAGUGGUGGAAGUUGAGAACAUGGUAGUGCAGGAGGUCCACCUUCCUGCACAAACUGAGGUUGAUGCUAGACCAGAGCGUGAAGAGGCUGUUGCUGAUGCUGAAGAACUGCUGGAAGCUCCGGUUGUCAAACCAGGAUGGAGAAGGAAGGCAAAAGCCGUUGUGAAGGAUGAAGUGCCUGCCAAGCGAGCACGCAGAGGAGCAGCUGAUUCCACAAAGGUGCCCACUGUUGCAGAAGCAACUGUGGAAGUUCCAUCUGAGCCUGUCAAGCGAGGUAGAAGGGCAGCUAAAUCCAAAGUCUCUGCAGAUGAAACCACCAUUGCAGCCGAGAGCACUCCGUUGGAGGCUGAGGUUAUGACUGCUGUGGUUAGAAGAGGAAAAGCCCCUAAAAAGGGAAAUGCUGUUUCUGAAACGACCUCUGACCAGGCAAAUUCUAUUGAAGGCAUGGAAACCAUUGACGAAGACUCAAAGACCUCAAAAUCUGUGAAUUGGAAACCUGAUUUGGAAGUUACAUACAAGGUCACCCCUCUUCCUAAACAGAAGACAUCCAGACGGAAUGAUACUGUUCCUGUUACUAAGGUUGAAGAACAGCCUGAACGGAGUGAAGAACAGCAGGUUGUGAAGACAGUGCGAGGGAGAAGAGCAAGAUCUUACGUCGCGGUCAAAGAGGAGACCGUACAAUCAACACCCUCAAAAAGGGCACGCCAUAGCAACAUAGAGACCUCUGCUGCUGAAGCCACGGUCCCCAUUUCAAAGCCAGUAAAUGAAAGAAAUGCAGCAAGAUCUAUGACAACUGAAGAGGCAGAUCUCUCUGAUAAAGCUGUUCCAAAGGAGCCUGUCAAGAAAACAAGACGAGCAGCAAAGUCUACUGCAGCAGCUCCCGUUGAGGCCACGAGCACUACUCCUGCUGUCCCGGAGGGAGAGACCAUCCCCGAUGCCACAGUUGUGGCUGCUACAAAAGGAAGAGGUAAAGCGACAAAAGGAAAAACGGUAUCUCAGGAAAUUGACAUUGAGCAAAGUACUGAGUCGGAGCAGCCGUGUAAGCCCCGCAGAGGGAGAGCAGCAAGAAAAUAGAGCUUAGGCAGUCAUAGAUUUUUUGUUUUUAAUGCUUUGUUAUAGAAAUGCUAAUGCUCAACUUAUUAUUUUUUUGUACUUGCCUGGAGUUACAGAUGUAUAAUUGAAGUGAAGGCCAGUGCUUUACAAUAUUAUUCUGAUUUUUGGUCUUAAUUGUGGUUAGUUUUGCUACAUUCUCUGAAUAUUUUUUUACAUUUUUAAAUCAUUUGUAUGGUGUUCUAUUUAGACUGAAAAUAGUUUGGGGGAAAUGAUUCAUAUUAAAAAUCAAAAAAAUUAA